AUGUGGUGUCUUAUUGAAUAUAAUAAAGAAAAACCUAAAAUAUCAUUUCCAUUUUAUUCAUGUUAUAUUGAUUUAUUAUGUCGUCUAUGCUAUACAAUUCAAACAGUUGAUGGACAUUGUUGUACAGUGGCUGAAAGUGUACUUGAUCCAUCAAAAGUUGAAUUAUUUUCAUCAAUUAUUUAUUAUGAAUUAGUUUCAUUUAAAACAAGUCAUUUAAUAAGAUUUGAUGAUGAAAUUAAAUCAUUUAUUAAACAAUAA